CGCGUGAAAUCCAAGCGAUGGAUCUUUGGUAACGACGAUCGGAAACAACUUCUGCCGAAUUCUUUUGAAGCCCAACAAAUCCCUCACUCAGCUGCAUGCAAAGUGGCUUGUAAAGGCUUCUGUUGGUCAUGCUCGGGUAUUCUAAUCGGUUCUCGUCACGUGCUCACCAGCGCGCACUGCGUGGACGGUGAAACCGCUGGCGCGUUGCGUGUUGGUUUCUUAGAGCGUAACGGCCGACUUCAUUGGUACAAUGUAAUGAAGGCUUAUAUUCCAUUAAGAUGGACAGCCUCAAAAGCUCUGUCGAACGAUUAUGCUGUACUGAAAUUGAGAAGGCCACAACAAGGCGAACUUAUAUUAAAAUUGCAUCACUGGCUUUGCCGAAGGGCUCAGUGA